CCAGCCCUGUCCCUUCUGCUUCUUCUGAUGCUCUGAUCUUUUCACAGUAUAUAAUGGAUUUCAUUUCAUAGUGAUAUACCUAACAACAUACUUCACAUCCUGAGAAUUAGACUCUCAGGGUAUUGUAAUGAUGAACACCCUGCUUUGCUUCUUCGGCUUCUUGCUUUUGCUUUGCAGCUGUGGUGCCACUGCACAAGAUUUUAAGAAUCCCACCGAGAAACCAAAUUUGGGCCCAUUCGAGGAGUGGAGAAGUGCUUUCUUCUGCUUGAUUCAUUUCAAGAACACAAAUUCUUGCCCCAAAAAGUACGAGCUGGACUUGUCCGGGUGGCUGAACGUAACCAAAGAAGACGGAAGAGAGUUCUGUUGUAGCCCCUGCGCCAACCAAACCAGCUCCGUGUUGGACUGCAUCCGCGACACCGAACGCGACUUUUGGUUCGCCAAUAAGGCCACCGUCCAACACCUCCGCCAAACCAUCCACCAAGGCUGCCACACAAAUCAGGGCUUUACAGGAGUGAGUUUGUACCCAUCAUCCAUGAAUUAAACUUGACGGACGCUUCUUUGGUUUGCUCCGACACAAGAUGACAGAUAGUCUUUCACUAUUGUACGUAAAUGAGGACAUUAGUAACAUGUUUAUACAAAAACCAUAAAUGCAUACAUAAUGUUUCUCUGUAA